AUGGACUCUCCCUUCUUCGACCUCGACCACCUCCUCACGCGGAGCGGGCCGUUUGCCAACGCUGGCUUUGAGGCCUGCGUGGAGCUCCGCGAGUUUGUGCACAGCUCGGUGCGGGUGCUUGUCAUCGGUGCCGGCGGGCUCGGGUGCGAGCUCCUGCACAGCCUGGCCAAGUCUGGCUUUGGCGAGCUGGAGGUCAUCGACAUGGACACCAUCGACGUGUCGAACCUCAACCGGCAGUUCCUCUUUCGCGCAGCCGACGUGGGCAAGUACAAGGCCGACGUGGCAGCCGCCUUUGUCGAGGCCCGCUGCCCCGGCGUCUCGGACGAUGCCUUCUACCGCUCCUUCAACCUCAUCAUCGCUGGCCUCGACUCUAUCAAGGCCCGUUCGUGGAUCUCGGCCAAGCUGGUCUCGCUGGCCGCAACCGACGCGAGCGGCGCCGUCGACAUGUCCACCGUCAUCCCGCUCAUCGAUGGCGGGACCGAGGCUUUUAAGGGCCAGGCCCGAGUCAUGCUCCCGCGCAUCUCCGCCUGCUUCCAGUGCUCCAUCUCGGCCUUUCCCCCACAGCGCGCCUUCCAGCUCUGCACCAUCGCCAACACGCCGCGCAAGCCCGAGCACUGCAUCGCCUACGCCAUGAACGUCCUGUGGGAGGCCGAGUUUGGCAGUGACCGUGUGCUCGACAAGGAUAGCGUCGAGGAUGUGACUUGGGUCAUGACCGCCGCUGCUGCCCGCGGCGCCGAGUACGGCAUCACCGGCAUCACCUACCAGCUGACCCAGGGCGUGAUGAAGAACAUCAUUCCUGCCAUCGCCUCGACAAAUGCCCUCAUUGCCGGCGCCUGCGUCCUCGAGGCUAUCAAGAUCGCCACAAACUGCGCAAGCUACCUCGACAACUGGUUUAUGUACAUUGGCGACUCGGGCAUCAACACCCGCACCUUUGCCUGGGAGCGCGACGAGUCGUGCUCUGUCUGCGGCCUCUGCCGCAUCACCAAGGUUGUUAGCGGCCGGUUCAUGACUCUGGGCGAGCUCCGCUCGUCACUGGUCGACGACGCCGCCCUGCAGCUCGUCUCGCCCUCGCUUCGCGGUGGAGGCAAGACUCUGUACAUGGAGACUGGACCGCUGAAGAAGCUCACCCAGGCCAACUUGGACAAGACCCUGAGCGAGGUUGUGUCGAGCGGGACGGAGAUUUCGGUGACCGACGCCAACGGGGCGGUUGUGCUCGUCACCGUUGUGUUUGAGGAAGAGGAGGGCGAUGCAGGGGAUGGUGCGGCUGUGUAA